UCAUUUGUUUAUGUGAAAAAAACCACGCAAGUCGAGGAGUCAAGUUGGACAAUUUUUGCUUCAGUAGGCUUGCUGUCUGACGUGUAAUCAUUUCCAUGAUAAAUUAGGAAAGAAAUGCUGCGCAUACGUCGUCGCUUUGCGCUUUUAAUUUGCUCGGGCAUCCUGCUCGUCUUUCUCAGCCUCUAUGUGAUCCUCAACUUUGCUGCGCCGGCAGCCAGCCAGAAAAAGCCUAAUUAUCCAUCCAUUGAGGACAAGCUGCAGCAGUUGGAGAAUGGCCUGCAAGAGCACGGCGUGGAAAUGCGCCAUCUUCGGGCCCGUCUGGCCAAGGAGGAUGGUGUGAAACUGGAGCGCGAAGCGGUGAAGGUGGUGCCACGCAGCGAGCCAGGGUGCAUGGAUGUGGUGCAGCAGGUGCCUGAGGUGGAUGUGCAGAUGCUGGACCUCUACGACAAGAUGUCCUUUAAGGACAUUGAUGGCGGCGUGUGGAAACAGGGCUGGAACAUCAAGUACGAUCCCUUGAAAUACAACAUGCACCACAAGCUGAAGGUGUUUGUUGUGCCGCACUCGCACAACGAUCCUGGCUGGCUGGAGACGUUCGAGGAGUACUAUCAGCACGACACCAAGCACAUUCUGUCCAAUGCGCUGCGGCACCUCCACGCGAAUCCCGACAUGAAGUUCAUUUGGGCAGAGAUCUCGUACUUUGCGCGCUUCUAUCAGGAUCUGGGGGAGAACAAAAAGCUACAGAUGAAAGCAAUCGUGAAGUCCGGACAGCUGGAGUUUGUCACCGGCGGCUGGGUGAUGCCCGACGAAGCCAACACGCACUGGCGGAAUGUGCUGCUGCAGCUAACCGAGGGACAGACCUGGCUCAAGCAAAAUUUCAAUGUAACACCCACCGCCUCCUGGGCCAUCGAUCCCUUUGGCCACAGCCCAACUAUGCCGUACAUCCUGCAGAAAAGUGGAUUCAAGAAUCUCCUUAUCCAGAGAACCCACUAUUCGGUGAAGAAGGAGCUGGCACAGCAGCGCCAGCUGGAGUUCCUUUGGCGCCAGAUAUGGGACACAACCGGCGACACAGCUCUCUUCACGCACAUGAUGCCCUUCUACUCGUACGACAUUCCCCACACAUGUGGGCCAGAUCCCAAGGUGUGCUGCCAGUUCGAUUUCAAGCGAACGGGAGCCUUCGGAAUGAGCUGUCCGUGGCGCAUAUCUCCUAAGGCCAUCGAUGAUAACAAUGUGGCUGCCCGCUCGGAGCUCUUGGUGGAUCAGUGGAAGAAAAAGGCCGAGCUGUACCGCAACAAUGUGCUGCUGGUGCCCUUGGGGGACGACUUCCGCUUCAAGCAGAACACCGAGUGGGAUGUGCAGCGUGUCAAUUACGAUAGGCUCUUCGAGCACAUCAACAGCCAGCCACACUUCAAUGUCCAGGCGCAGUUUGGCACACUCGAAGAGUACUUUAACGCAGUGCACCAGCAGCCGCAGGCCUUCCCCUCGCUCAGCGGCGACUUUUUCACCUAUGCAGACCGAGCGGACAACUACUGGAGUGGCUACUAUACGUCGCGGCCCUACCACAAGCGCAUGGAUCGAGUGCUGAUGCACUAUGUGCGUUCGGCGGAAAUGCUCUCUGCCUGGAACGUGUGGCCCAACAGUACAGACUUUGAUCGAGUGCUGGCAAAUGCACGUCGACAGCUGUCGCUGUUCCAACAUCACGACGGCAUCACCGGCACCGCCAAGAACCAUGUCGUGUUGGAUUACGAAAAGCGUAUGGUGAAGGCGCUGAAGGGCUGCCAGUCUGUGAUGCAGCAAUCGAUCUACCGCCUGCUCACCAAACCCUCCAUCUACAGUCCCGACUAUAACUUUGUUUACUUUAUGCUGGACGACUCCCGCCUGCCGGGAUCCGGCGUGGAGGACCUACGCACCACUAUCAUUCUCGGCGAUCAGCUGCCGACCAAGCAUGUGGUGAUGCACAACACUCUGCCCCACUGGCGAGAGCAAUUGGUGGACUUUUUCGUCUCGAGUCCAUUCGUCAGCGUCACCGACGCCACCAACAAUCCAGUUGAGGCUCAAGUGACGCCCGUCUGGACCUGGCAUCACGACACGGUCACGAAAACCACUCACCCACAAGGCUCCACCACCAAGUAUCGCAUCAUCUUCAAGGCUCGCGUCCCGCCCAUGGGACUGUCCACUUAUGUGCUGACAGUUUCCGACAACAAGCCAGAACACACUUCCUAUGCCUCGAAUUUGCUGCUGCGCACCAAUCCACAGACCGUUCGUCUGGGCCAAUAUCCGCAGGAUGUUAAAUUCGGCGAGCAUCGAGAGAUCUCGUUGCGUGUGGGCCAGGGACCCACGCUGGCCUUCUCCGAGCAGGGCCUCCUGAAGUCCAUUCAGCUAACGCCUGACAGUUCGCAUGUGCCUGUCCAUCUAAAGUUCCUCACGUACGGCACUCGCCAGCACGGAGAUCGCUCUGGGGCCUACCUCUUCCUGCCCAAUGGUCCGGCUUCGCCCUACCCCAGCAGCAAUCCCGUGGUGCUGGUCACCGAAGGGAAGCUGGAGUCAACAGUGAGUGUGGGUCUGACCAGUGUCAUACAUCAGACGAUUAUGCGUGGCGGGGCACCAGAGAUACGCAAUCUCGUGGACAUCGGUGUGAUGGACAACACGGAGAUCGUGAUGCGCCUGCAGACGCACAUCGACAGCGGGAACAUAUUCUACACGGAUCUGAAUGGACUGCAGCACAUCAAGCGGCGGCGCUUGUGGAAGCUGCCACUGCAGGCGAACUACUAUCCGGUGCCAUCGGCCAUGUUCAUCGAAGAUGGCAGCAUGCGACUGACUCUGCUCACAGGACAACCGCUGGGCGGCUCCUCGCUCGCCUCUGGAGAAAUGGAAAUCAUGCAGGAUCGCCGCCUGGCCAGGGACGACGAACGCGGUCUGGGUCAGGGCGUACUGGACAACAAACCGGUGCUGCAUAUCUAUCGUCUGGUGCUGGAGGAUAUUAGUGGCUGUGGUCGGCCCUCGGAGGUUCAUCCAGCGGGAUACUUGACCAGCGUUGCCCACAAGGCAUCGCAGUCGCUGUUGGACCCCCUGGACAAGUUCAUCUACAUGGAGAAUGAGUGGACCGGUGCUCAGGGUCAGUUCGGCAGCAAUCAUAUCUCGGCCAAUGAGGACCUGGACGUGACCGUGAUGCGGCGUCUCACCAAGAACACGGCGAAGACGCAGCGGGUGGGCUACGUGCUGCAUCGCACGAACCUAAUGCAGUGCGGCGGUGAAGAGCAGCAGACGGAAAAGUUUGAUGUGUGCCACCUAAUGCCGCACACAGCCCGCUGCGAGCGCACAACGCUCACCUUCCUACAGAUCCUGGAACACUUUGAGCCGGUGAUGAUGGCGCCACCUUUGUGUCCCAUGGAGACGGAGGCCUAUGUUACCAGCCACAGCUCAACAUCGAGCUGAUCUGCCCGGAUCAGGACCGGGGAGCCAGAAUUUGAUAGGGAAAUACACAGGAACAAAGUACAGCAACACAUGAAUCUCUGACGCAACACGCAAUCUCAGCUACGUCGAACACUUAAACAGCACUGUCCGCACCAGAAAGACCUUGCGCAUUCCUUUUAAUGUGCAUAAUUUAUUUAUUCAUGCUUCCAUCGGGGAUUUUGGAAACAUUUGACACACUGACUUCACAGCAGGGUUCGCCCCCCGUGUAAUUUUAUAAUUUUUUGUUUUUUAUUUUAUGUAGUCUUCUAUGUUUUGUGAUAUUCCUAGAAUCCUCCCUGUCCUUGCUAUUCUUGAAUGUAUGUAUGUCUUAAUCGGAAGAGAUGUAACUAUAACUAUUAUGUAGGAUUAGUGAUAAUGAGGAAACUAAUGCAAUUGCACGGCAAAUCGAAGGCCUAUCUGCGAAUUUUGAAUACCAAUUUGAAUAAAUUGAGUCUCAUUUGUGUA